CGUCGCGCGUGCGCGGCGCCGAGAGCGCGGGGCCGGCGGGCGCGGUGUGAAGAGAAAAAAAAAAAAACAACAACAAAAAACCAUGACAAUCCAAUGGGUGGCAGUUGCAAGCUUUCUUUAUGCCGAAAUAGGACUCAUAUUAAUCUUCUGUCUGCCCUUUAUCCCUCCUCAGAGAUGGCAGAGGAUUUUUUCAAUUAAUGUCUGGGGUAAAAUUGCCAGUUUUUGGAACAAAGCUUUCCUUACCAUUAUAGUCAUAUUGAUUGUUCUGUUUCUAGAUGCUGUGAGAGAAGUCAGAAAGUAUUCCUCCACGCAUGUCAUUGAGAAGAGCUCCAGUGGCCGGUCUAGUGCCUAUGAACAUACGCAAAUGAAACUCUUUAGAUCUCAAAGAAAUCUGUACAUUUCUGGAUUUUCUUUAUUUUUUUGGCUAGUAUUGAGGCGGCUGGUUACACUUAUUACUCAGCUGGCAAAAGAACUGUCAAACAAGGGAAUGCUUAAAGCACAAGCAGAAAAUACCAAUAAGGCUGCCAAAAAAUUCAUGGAAGAGAAUGAAAAACUAAAAUGGGUACUGAAAAGCCAUAACAAAGAGGAUGAACAGACUUUGGAAACUGAAAACAAAAAACUCAUAGAAGACCAGGAGAAACUGAGAACUGAAUUAAAGAAGACUUCUGAUGCUCUUCUUAGGGCACAAAAUGAUGUGACAACUAUGAAGAUGCAGUCAGAGAGACUUUCCAAGGAAUAUGAUCGACUCCUCAAAGAGCACUCGGAACUUCAGAAUCAUCUAGAAAAAGGCCAUAAGAAAAGCCUGUGAAUCUUAUGAAAGAAGAUUGUGAUACACCGUGUCAAGAUAAUUUAUUAUUUUGGUUGCCACUUGAGAUCUUAAAAUUCAGCUCAGAAAAAAUGCACUAUUAGCAGCCAGUAUUUUUUAUGACAUAUAGAGUAUACAGUAAUGACACAUAUAGAGUAUAUAGUAAUGACAUCAAACUAUUUGAUGUUUCAGAUAUAAUGUAUGUAUUCCAGUCCUUUAGACAAAUAUGAGCAUGGUAAUUACAUAUUUUCAUAUUGAUAAAAACCUGGUUUAUGGUGGCUGUUUUCCAAUAAAAAGAACAAUUCAUUAGCCAUUUACUUUCUAAAUUAAAAUUUCUUCAAGUUGCAUGAAACCAUUAAUAGCAUUAAAAGCUUUGGUGGGUUUUCAGUAAUCUAAUCAGAUGAUGAUGAUGUGUUUAAAAAAUGUCCAAUAUCAGCAAGAUUAUUUCCAGGGAAAUUAUAUAAGGAUAAAUGAUCAAAUGUAGCCUCUGAAUUCAUAGGAAAAAGCCAGAAAGAACAAUGACAAAGGUAGCCUUAGGGUUUUUUAAGCCUGCUGAUACUAUAGUUCACUCUAGUAAUACAGCUCAGCUGGUAAUUAUUUUUUUUACUAUGCUUCUGCACCUGUUGAACUGUGUUUUUUAUUGACACUUGUCUUAGUAAUGCAUAAUCAGUAAGUAUUCCACCUUUUCAAGUACAUUUAGUAGUAGAGUUUAUAUCCAUUUGCAUAACUGUCAUAACACUGAAUUGAAUUCAUUUACAAUAUGGAAUUCUUGACUUGAAAAGUUCGUGUAUGACAUCCAAAAAGUAGUAUUUUCUAUGGUUGUGAAUGUUACUAAUUAUACAAAUAUUACCUCAAAAUACAUGUGUUGGUGUACCACAGUUUCUUUAAGAUGUUUAUAUAUUCUAAAAGUUAAUGUUAAAUACUACUUUCCAUUCAAAUAUUCAUUUAGAAAUAGAGACUGUAUGAUCAAUAUGACUCAGGUUGUUCCAUUGUUUAGAUGUGAAAAGCACUUCCUUGUCUCAUACAGACUUAAAUAUAAAAGAGAAUGGAAAAUAA